AUGUCUGUGGCUGAGAAACCCGUCUUCGUCUUCGUGCCCGCUGCAUGCCACACUGCGGAUACCUUCGAUGGUAUCCUCGCGAAGCUGACCCAGAAGGGAUUCGAUUAUGAGGCUGUUCCUACCCCGUCUGUUGGCACAGUUCCUCCGAAUAAGGGUCUGCAUGCAGAUAUAGACUAUAGCAAGGCUUUACUGCAGGAUUUGGCGGAUAAAGGACGGCAGGUUGUCCUGGUUACUCACUCGUAUGGUGGAAUGGUCGGAGCUGGCGCCGCGAAGGGCCUUGGGUACUCGCAGCACUCCAAGGCUGGUUCGCCCGGUGAAGUGAUCAUGGAUGACGGCUAUACCUACUCCUCCCAACAAGAAGUUGUCUUCUAUCACGAUAUGUCGCCAGAGGAACAGCAGGCGGCAAUUGGCAAGCCGAAGGGCCAGCCUACGCAGACCUUCUUGGAGCCGGCCGGUCUGCCGCUGGUCUUCCAGGAAGCCUUUGCAAAGACUCUUGGCAACCCGGUGGCCUUCCACACUGACGGAUCUCACUCGGCGUUCUUGAGUGUGCCGGACCAGGUGGUUGAGGGCCUCGAGCUGGCAUUGAAGGAGGGUCGUAACAGGGCGGAAUUAAUGUGA